AUGGCUUCCGAUAACGAAAAGCCGUGUCGCAAGAAAGUAGUUAAGAGACCACGAAAGCGACGGGCCACCGUCUACGAUGCCGUCAAACGCAGAGUCGCCAAAACCGGUCUGAUCGACCACAUCCAUGAUCCCAAGGCAUCCAGAAAACCACUACGUCCAGAUGAGGUCCUCUUCAAGCGAAAGAAUGCGCCCAUGCGAUACGAGGAAGAUGAUUACUACCCUGCACACGCCAAGUUGCCUGCAGACCAAAAGCUUCCGAGUGGAGAUCUAGCAGACGCAAUGAAAAGCUACGUUUCGACACUAUGGGCCAAAACGGAGCGACCCGGCCUCAUGCGAAGGACUUGGAGAGGCAUGGAUGAAACUGCGCUCAUUGCCCUGAGUAUCUUGAUGGAAGAGACGGCGCGUGGUGUGCUAGGUGAGACUGGAGAUUUAGCUUUCACCGAAGCAGCUGAGGAAGAUGAGGCGCAAGUCCUUGCUCGUCAAAAAGAUUGGACUCGGGGUGGUAAGAAAGAGGGAGCUAUUGGCAGGGCCAAGAAGCAAGCUCAAGCCAGUAAACUGAAGCAGCGCGCGAAGGAAAAGGCAAAGGAUCGCCUAGAAACGUGGACUUCAUCUGAUGAGGAGGAGUCGCAAGAUGAUUCGGAAGAGCUAGAGUAA